AUGUAUGCCUUGAUCAUUCUCAUGCCCCCCAAGGCAAAUCGGUUCAUUGAAUCGAUAAGCCGACGUGAAGCAGGUUCUGCUGGUGUUCGUUCGCUGGUCCUUGGCUAUGUACUAAGUACAACCAAGCCUGUCGACGGGGAAUUUCGAUUGCCAUCUUUGCUGCUGAAUAUCAGGACCGAUAUUCAUUCCACCCCUUGCAAACCCAAGCGUCGGAUCGACGAAGCGAUCGACCAGCAAGAUUCGGUGUCAAGGCGAGGGGAAUUCUGGAACUCGAUGGACCUCGACGGAUAA